GAUUCCUGCUGGCCGAGGAGAAAAAUGUGGCAGCGCGCGCCGGUGGCUGGCCGCGGCUUUGGCGCGCUGGCGACAGUGCCCAUCCCGGCCGGGACGCUUGUGCUUCGUACGACGGCUACUGCGUCGUUGCCGCUCGACCUGGGUGCGACCUGCGCCCACUGCUUUGCCCCCGCCGCGCUGCGCUGCGCCCGCUGCAAGCUGCUCAAGUACUGCAGCCGCGGCUGCCAGCGCGCUGACUGGCCGUCCCACGGAGGCGAGUGCAAGUACCUCACGCCGUACAUGGCGUCGGCGUCUGGGCCGCCGCCGACGCCGACCGUGCUUCUAGCCGCGCGGCUGCACUCUCUUGGCGCUAUCGACCCGAGCGACUAUGCGACCCAUCUCGACGCGCACACCCCCGAGCAAUCCAGCGGUACCGCGACAUGAGUGCUCUCGUGCUGCAGAUCCUUGGUGCUGCCAACAACAACGAUGUCGCAGAUACAUUGCCUUCGAUGCACCGCCUGCUCUUGACGUUUGCGCUGCUCAACUGCAACGCGUUUACCGUCUGCUCGCCCGAGCAAGUGCCCAUUGGCAUUGGCUUUUUCCCGUGGCGGCGGCGUUGAAUCACGCGUGCGUCCCAAACUGCGUGGCCACCUUCCGCGGCCGUGAACUCCACCUGCGCGCGCUGCGACCGAUAUCGCCCGGCGACGAGCUCACGAUUGCCUACACGGAAGUGGUUGCACCCACGCGCGCGCGCCGACUCGAACUCGCGACGUCGUACUUCUUCCACUGCGAUUGCCUUCGUUGCAUGGGGUCGGGGUCGUGCUGGGCAAAAAAAGAGCCCUUGCUGGAAGGCCUUGGGUGCAGUCAAAGCGGCUGCGCCGGCCGCCUCGAGCCCGCCAUUGAUGGGGCGGUAAACACAUGUCCCACCUGCUUGACGGUGACCGAGUGCAACGACGUGACACCUCGCCUGGUCCAACGCGCGAUCCAAGCAGCCGACGACGCGGAGCGGCGCAAGGAUGUUCCGAAGGCGAUUGCAUCCCGGCAACGCGCCUAUGCAUUGACGCAGGCGUCGUACCACAAGUACCACGCCGACAACAUUGCAGGCGCCGAGACGCUCGCCAACUUGAUCAUGAGUGCCGAGAAUGCGAGGUUUCGAGACGCAGCACAGAAUUCGCUUGCACUCGCGCUGUACGCGUCGGCGCUCGAAGGACUGAGGUGGCUGUAUGGUCCCGAGCUCGCGCCGUUGCGUGGUCUCACCACUCUCAAGUACGCCCAAGCACUGCAUCUCGCCGACCCCCGUGCCAAGGACGAGGCCCUGCGUCUUGUCCAAGAAGCAUGUCCCUUGCUCGCGACGACACACGGUGACGAUAGCGCUGUCGUCGCGACAGCCAUUGCACUCCUUCAUGAGCUUCAGCGGGUAGAGUAA